AUUCAAUCCUUGCAGAAAUGGAGUUGCAAGCUCGAAGAACACGCGUUGGAGCUGACCAAGAAUUGCACUCAUUCAGUGGACGAGUCGCUGAAAUUCGGACAAAAUAUUUACUUCUACUACGAUGGGGACUACAUUUACGUAACAGGAAAAGAUAAACUUAUUGAGAGGGCUGUCACCAGCUGGACUCUGCCGGGAGAAUAUUAUAGAGUAAUACGCCUACAAGCUGCGGAGGAAUAUACCACAUAUUCCAAUAUGGUUUACCAAGAUAUCUACGAGGUCGGUUGCAAUUAUAUAGAGUGCCCCGAUGAAAAUCAAUUGAUAUCCGAGGCUGUACUCAUGUGUAUCUACAAUAAUGUGGUUCCCACAGGCGCAACGCUGUACAAGAAAGGAGAUGGGAGUGGCUGUACUCAAGAUCCUAAGGUGUGCGAGCGUUUGAUGCCAGGAGCUACAUGUGGAGGUGUACUUUGCGAAUUGCCUAACCAGAAAUCUGCACCCUGA